UUCAGGGUGGCUAGCAGUUAAUCCCCAAACAAUCUUAAUUAGCCGAUGCUCUUAGUUCAGUGCUCAUAAUAUCGGACUAGAAAUAGACCCGCUGGGUCACUGCGGUGAAGUAGCCGAGCCGGCUAAACCGCAUUAGUCGUGUUAGCUGGUCAUAAACAUUGUAAUUUAUUUCGGUACUUAUUUUAAUAUUUCCCCCAAAAGCACUUAGAAAUACACAAUUAAAUGAAGGGGAUAUUUUUUUUUUAAUAGACCAAAAAAGCUGUUUAUUAUAAGUUUAUUGUACACACCCUUUAAAAAAAAUAUAUAUAUAUAAUUAUCAUAAUAUUAGAGGCAACUCCGUCACUACUAGUUCCAAGCCUAUAAGAUAAUAUAUUACUUUAUUCAUCCCCAGGGGGAGAUUUCGUGAAGCAGCAGCACACAUGUUUACAUAUAUACAAUACAAUAAAAUAAAAUAGCAUGCAUAAAAAACAAACUUUUUAAUACAACAAUAAUAAGCAUACCACAGUUUUUGUGUGAUUAACACCUUUUUUCAGUCUUACAUUCCUUGUCACAACCAUUCCACAGGUUUUACAUCUUUCUAAUACAUCUUUUCUUCAUUUGUCCAUUUAUUAUCUUUUUUUUUUUACCGGCUCUUUAUAAUUUCAAACAACCACAGAAUAUACAUUUACUUGAAAGCGUGUAAGUUCCCCGUACCUGCACACAGUAGGUGACGUGUGAGAGAACAGUACAGUAUAUAUUCAACAUUUGUGUGCGUUUGGGAACGGGGAUUUGAACACGCACCCUUCUUCCCCUUUUCGUGUCCUCACGGCGCUGCAGUGCCAAGCCCGAGGUGGUGCAGAGCAGCUCCGGUACCAAACACAACCGCCAUGCCCCCACCAAAGGGUCCCAGAUGGCCGGAGCCGCGGCCCUGGCCCGGAUAGAGCAGCACCCCCGGCCGAAGGUCCAGACCUCUCAGGACGCCAUCAGGAACCAGGUUAAAAGAGAACUUGAGGCGGCGGCACUGGCGGACAAAGAAAAGGAAGAAACAGCCGAGGGAUCCAAAGUGCCGGUGAAGGAUCCCGCCUGUUUGUCAGUGUCAGGUGUGUAUUUCACCUGUCCGCUAACGGGAGCAACUUUAACUAAGAGUGAGAGGGAAGUUCACAUUAAAGAGGCCAUCUUGAUGCGGUUUGAGGAGGACGCGGUGGAGGCCUCCGUGAUGAUGGUCCACACGUUCAACAAAGACCGAGAGAAGGUGAAGGCUGCCGUGGAAAUCAUAAGCAAGUAUAUUGAGAAUAUAUGUAAGAAUCCCACAGAGGAGAAAUACAGGAAGAUUAAACUGAGCAACAAGGUGUACCAGGAGAAAGUCCGUUGUGUGGAGGGCAGUAGAGAGUUCCUGGAGGCGCUGAGCUUCACGAGCAUCAUGCUUCCUGUCGAGGGUCAAGAGGAGGACGAGGAGUUCCUGGUCCUGCUGGAGCACAGUCCCGACGGCCUGGAGCUGAUGAAGGAGAGCAGGGAUCGUCUGCACCGAGGAGAGCCGGUCCGAGCUCAGCUGGACCGGCAGCCUCAGGCGUUCAGGUCCUCUCCCAACGCCCAGCGCUUCGAGCUGCCCGUUGAGUUCUACAACCUGACCGCGGAGGAGCUCAAGAAGGAGCAGCAGCAGAGGAGCGAGUUGGUGGACAAGAACGCCAUGCUGCGCACUAAGGUCAUGCGGGAGAAGGAGGAGCAGAGGGAGAGGAGGAAGUACAACUACACUCUGCUGAGGAUCCGACUGCCCGAUGGGAGUCUGCUCCAAGGGACCUUCUACGCGUGGGACCGGCUGCCCGUGCUGUUCGCGUUCGUCCGGGAGUCCUUGGUGGACGGCUGGCAGCCCUUUGAACUCAUCGCUCCCGGAAGCCAGAAGCUGAAAGAGACCGAGGAAGUCGCCCUCGCCGAGUGUAACUUGGUCCCCGCCGCUCUGCUCACGUUCGCCUGGGACGCGGCGGUGCAGGCGGACGUUGCGGCCGCGGGCGCGACGAACCCCGCCCUCCUCAAACCAGAGCUGCUGGAGACCAUUCGGACCCUGAGCUGAGCCACACCUCCCCCACCUCUGCCCCCACCCUCACGAAUGACUAGUGAUAUGUUUAUUUUGUACAGAUACUAACCCAAGUCAGUCGCAGUGGGUGGCGACAGGGGCGCUCCCAACAGCUGGAGGGAGAAAGAAAGGCUCUGAACCACCCGCCAUGUUGAGAGACUAACUGUGUUCUUAACUGUGACGCUGGCGCCCCCCUGUGUGUGUUUGUAGUAAACACUCCGUCCUGCUUACACAACGGUCGGAUCGCCGGCGCGGUCGUGUAGAAAGGAGGGCGGUGGAGAGUAAAUGUGGCGGCAUCCCGUCGUGGACUCGUAUUUUGGUGUCUGCGCUCUGGCUUUUGACUUAAAAAAAAAAAAAAUGCUAUUCGUUGUCAAGUUUAAAGUGUUCCUCGUUUGUCCGCUGCUCUGCGGUGACCUCGUCCUCCUCCUUCUUUGGUCGUUUAUUUUUUUAUUGCGUAUGAGCACAAGCUUUUCCUUCUUCCGGGUUGACUUCUAAUCGAUGUCCCACACACACACAAGACAUAAUUUACAGGCCUCCACCAAGGUCGUUUUCAAUAAGCGCCCCUUCCGACGAGUUUCGUGAACAUCGGGCCCGGUAUUUAUUUAUUUUUUCUGUCUUCUUGCUGACUUAACGAAGCAUAACCUUUUUGGGGUUCCUUCCCCGAUGUGUUACGUUAGCAUAAAGUGUUUGCCGCGUGACGGGCAUCCUACGACCAAAAAGUGUGCGCUCGUGUUCAGCAGUUUCCAAGCACUUUAAGGUUAUUUAAAAACUAUAAAAAAAACACUAAAGUGUCCCAAAUGUAAAAAGUGAUCAUAGAACUUUAUCCACACGACUCGAGUGGACAACGUUGUCGUUGCAGAAGCUUCGUGUAAACAACUCGCUUUGGCGUGCAUGAAUUAUAUUUGUGUUGUUCAAUGCUGUUUGUUAAAAAAUGUGUCUCGAGUCUUGUAUUUGUAUCAAACGCAUUUCCUUGAGAUAGAAACGGUCUACAGUUCAAACGUGAACGUGCAAAAUGUUUUUCAUUCCCCUCCCAAAGAUCCAACUUUUUCCUCUUGAAACGCGUCGUCGAAGAUCAAUGUAUUUAUUUUGCUCGACGUGAAUCUAAAGCAGGUAAAUGUGUAAAAGCCAAUAUAACAUAGUUCUCCCGUUUGGUUGGUUCAGACGACAACGGCCUACCUCUCAUCGCUCACCUGUCCAUCGGAAAUGGAUCAAAAAGGUUUUCGUUAGUUUUAUUUACAGUAGAAUUGUCACCAAUGCUGUAAUUAUUGAUUAAAGCGACGUCUCUGCCCGCACAGGUAUUCAAUGGAAGGGUGUAAAUGUUUUUUUUUUUAUUAUCAGCAUUGUACCCCUUUUAUUAAAAAGAAUUAGCAAGCCGUCUCGAUGUUUAUUCCGUUGCUUUUUAAUAACCUGCCUGUAACCCAGAUCGCUUGUAUUGCACAUAAACCUUUUUGUUUAAUAAACAGAAUUACGAAGGA